AGGUGUAUUGACAUAUUUGUUCUUUUUAUUAAAUUUGUUUAAUAAACUGCGACGAUAAAUGAUCGUCGAUUUCUGGAAACAAACGUAGUGUGUGCGCGUAUGUGUGUCAAUCAUUUUACCCAGAAAUAUAUUUUGACUCCUAUGCCAUCGGCCGUUAAACAAAAGCCUCCAUAUUUGUCUGUGACGUCAAACAACGUCAUAGAACAGUUACAUAAUGUUUAACUUAGGGUCAUGAACGAUUUGCAUAAUGAGUCAUUGUUUAACUCAACUUUUUUUUCCAAGCCGCGUAUAAGGCUGUUAGCACUACACUGCUAAUUGAAAGCAAAUAAACGCAAAACAUUUAAUAUGGAUGCGAGAGAUCGCAAGGAAUCCAGGUCCGCCUCAGUCGUGCACCAUAUUUCGUAUAAAGUUAUGACUGAACUUGAUGAACUAUUGGAAGGGCGAAAAAUGCGUCGAAUUUCUGUCGCUAGCGACGGUAACUGUCUUUACCACGCGUUGGCGCACCAGCUCUCCUUGCAAGGUGUGAACCAUUCAUACGAUGAAGUGAGAAAAGCCUGUGUCAGUUAUCUGCAAAAGAACCCACGUUUUGGGAAGAUUGACUGGAUGAGAGCGGUAGACACGGGCGAAACAAGAGAGGAGUAUCUUCAUCGUAAUUCCCAAGAUGGAGAAUGGAGUGAUGACAUUAUGCUCAUGGCGGCGUCAUCCGCGUUUGGUUACGUCAUUAAAAUCGUGACGUUGAAUGAAACCGUCAACGUCCUGCCUAACGUUAAGAAGUACAAGCCUGAGCUUGUUGUGGCGAAAAUCUCCGAGUAUCAAUAUGUCAGUGUGGAGAAAAAGGACGGCCAUGCGAACAACAUGGAAGCGUCAAGAACCUUUGUACUAAAAGCGAAACAGAACCCGAGUAUCAAGAAAACAAAAAAGGGGACAGACGUUGUCCAUUUAGACAAGAGAAGCAAAGGGAAAAGAGGUAAAGCCAUGAACGGUCCAGGACUGGGACCGAGUAAAUGGGAUCCCGAUCAGGAAUCCCUGCUGUUUGGCGCCAAUGACGUCGAAGAAGAAGAGGAGCUACCUUUAUAUGACCGGUUUACAUGCGAACCACCAGAAGACGAUUCGAGAACCUCAUCAAAUGUUGCAAAGUUUUUUGCCAAGACCUUCAAACUAUCUUCCUACCUAAUAUUUGGUGGUCUAUUGUUUGGCGGAGCUUUAAUAUCAAAGGCAUGUCUUAUGAUCUUAGUGAACAGCGCAAAAGUGUACCCGGGCGAUCCAAACGAUCAGUCUGUGAUGAAAGAUCAUGAUGUAAUAAGAGCAUGGAGCUUUAUUGUUAUACUGCUCAUGCUACUUCUACCAGAAGUACUCACCAUGAUGUAUUCACUAUACCGGAUAAUUAUGAAAGCUGAACCGGAUAUGGACAUGAACACUGUGAUCUGGGGUGGAUUUUGGGAGUUUCUUCAUGCUGUUGGGGAGGGGAUUCUUUUCUUUAAAGUAUUGCCUUAUUUGGAUGCUACUGUUGCCCUGUUGAUGUUACCAUUGGUUGGAAUUAUUCCGAACUGUAUUCACAUACAAGCAAAGGUCACUUCUAUAACUCAUAACGAGAGGCGGCCCUCACGAACUGCAAAACAAAGACGAAUUAGGGAUUUGGUUCUUGCUGUGGUGGCAUUGGUCCUCCAACUGUGUGGAUUACUUGUUUGUUUUGCUUGUUUCUUUGGGGAUAACUGGUUAAGGUUUUUCUCCCUAAAUUACACAUACAUUUGGGCAUUUUCUGGUAUUGUGCUUACUUCCUGUCGGUAUUGGGAAAACUUUGUGACAGGGGAGUUUAUUUUCUCCAAAAAGUUUUCGAUUAAAGCGCAGACUUUGCAAAACAAACUUGAUGCAACAAGAUUUAAGACAUCCUUCAUUUUUUCGCUGAUGAAAUGUGGAGUUCUGAUUGGGUUUUGUUUUCUAACUUUUGUAGUUCUUGAAAAUGAAACAUAUACCAGCAAUUUUGUGAAUCUCGAUACAGACCCCUAUUCCACUGCUCGGUAUAACAAAAUCAUAUCGUUGCUCAGUACAUCAGAUGGAAGGGUUAGGACCAGUGACAGAAAUGACAUAAUUGCGAGAUUGAUUUACGUGUUCGUCACUCAAGGCUGUUGUUCUUUCGCUGCAUAUUUCUUUGGUCGGGUGGCUUGUCUUACCCUUAUUCAACGUGAAGCUUAUGCAUUCCCCACAGUCUUGGUUACCCCGGUCAUUGCUGCAUUCUCUGCAGCACUUGCUGUUUACAGACAAGCUGGAGGAGAUAAAUUUAACUUCCUAUCAUUUGUCGGUUUGGGAAAUACCUACAAGAGUGUCCCAAAUCUUAGCUACUACAUUGAUUUCAACAACAAACCCUUUGAUAAUAUUACUGACAUUGGUGUUCUGCGUGGAUAUUGGACAGGGAUUGUGUGUGUCGGUUUGUUAUUUGGCUGGCUCUCUCUCAUACUCUUCACAGUAUUCAUUUGGAACAGCAAACAUGAUCGCCUUCAAAGAACUGAAGUCAUUUUUACUAAAGCAUUAUAUGGAGGGCCACUUAUUGACCAAGUGUUAAUGCUCAAUCGACGACAAUUUGAAAGCAAUUAUAACAAGAAUCAGAAAGCCUUAGAAGAGAAACAAGAUAAGAAAAUUGAAGAAAGGCGAAAAAGCUCUAGCACAAGAUCAAGAAGGAGAUCUUCUCGUCGACUGACAAUGACAGCCAACCAUAAGUUCACACCACAGCUUUUCCUUUGUGCCACCAUGUGGCACGAAACUGAGCAAGAAAUGACCCAAAUUUUAACAUCACUUAUGAGAUUGGAUAAGGACCAAGGAAGCCGGAGAGAAAACUCACAAAAAGAUCCAGAUUAUUACAAUUUCCAAAUCCAUGUAAUGUUUGAUGAUGCAAUGGAAACACCCAAGGGUUCAACUGAUAUUAAAACAAACAAAUUUGUUCAACAACUUUGUACUUUAAUUCCAUUAGCAGCAAACAAAGUUGAUCUUGGUACUGGUUAUGACCUUUCACCCCCAGUUAUCUACCCAACCCCUUAUGGUGGUCGACUUGAAUUUAUUCUUCCACAUGGCAACCUUAUGGUAGUACAUCUCAAGGAUAAAGCAAAAAUUAGGCAUCGCAAACGUUGGUCACAAUGUAUGUACAUGUACUACAUCCUCGGCUAUCUCCAAGCAACAAAGAAAGCUUACAAACUUGACGAUGUGUUCUUGCUUGCUCUUGAUGGUGAUGUUGACUUUCAACCACACGCUGUACACCUCUUGUUGGAUCGAAUGAAGAGAAAUCCGGAUGUUGGAGCUGCUUGUGGAAGAAUUCACCCUACAGGUUCAGGACCAGUUGUAUGGUUUCAGAAAUUUGAAUAUGCUGUUGGUCAUUGGCUUCAGAAAACUGCCGAACAUGUUCUUGGUUGUGUCUUGUGUAGUCCUGGUUGUUUUAGCAUGUUUCGAGGAAGUGCCAUAGUUGAUGUUAAUGUUGCUAAAAUGUACACUACCAAAGCUACAGAAGCCCUGCAUUAUGUACAGUGGGAUCAAGGUGAAGAUCGUUGGUUGUGCACAUUGUUGUUGAAACAAGGUUGGAGAAUUGAAUACAGUGCAGCUUCCGAUUCAUAUACUUUUGCACCUGAAGAAUUCAAAGAGUUUUACAACCAGCGUCGACGAUGGGGACCUUCCACAAUGGCAAAUAUAUUUGAUAUUCUGAUGGAUGCAAAGCUUACAGUAAAGAACAACAUCUACAUCUCAUGGGGUUAUAUUUCCUACCAGAUUGGUUUGAUGGUUUCUUCAAUUCUUGGUCCCGCAACUGUUGUUAUGAUUGUCCAGGGAGCAUACCAAUAUGUGUUUCAUUGGAGUAGUGCUGUGGCCCUUGUUGUAUCCUUGAUACCAGUGAUCAUAUUCAUUAUAUUAUGCUAUACAACAUCAGCAGAUACGCAGGUUGCAGUGGCGGGCAUUCUGACCAUCUUAUAUGCUUUGGUGAUGAUGGCUGUGAUUGUUGGUGUUGUUGGUGCAAUGGCAACAAAUUCCAUUCUUGAUCCAAACAAUAUAUUUAUGAUAAUGUUGGUUGGUUUGUAUGCUUUCACUGGUUUGGUACAUCCACAAGAACUAAUGUGUCUUAUCCAUGGCAUUCUCUACUACCUAUGUGUGCCAUCUGCAUUCAUUUUCUUGAUGGUCUACAGAUUGACAGAAAAUUUAAGGGAUCUUCGAAACAAAAUGACAGGCGCUUACUUCUUGGCAAAUGCACUUUGGCUUGUUCUUAACUUUGCUCUUCAACUAACCAUCACUGAUAUCUCAAUAUCUUUCUAUAUCAAUGGAGAGAAAAUGCAAGUAAACCCAGUUUCAUUCCUCUUUCUAAUCUUUUUCUUGAUCAUCUUGCUUAUCCAGUUCACAUGCAUGUUAAUGCACAGAUGGUCAACAGCCCUACAUACACUUUCUACAACUUCCUUGAAAUGGAACGAUUCAAGAGAUGGUUACAAAAAUGUAAAGCAAAAAGACAUUGAGAAUGAAGAUAUUAAGCAGAAAAGAAGAAAAGCUCGCGGCAAUGGUUCAACACUUAAUCCAAUAACUGGUGAUGUUUUAGACAAAGAGCUUCCUGAAGCAGAAGAUAAUUUCACAUUUGGUUCAAAUGAAAGGGGUCGUGGAGAAUCAAACCCAACGUACGAUACAAUUGAAGCUGAACAUGGGGUUUGCAUGUCUUCAGAUGAAUCAGAUAACGGAGGAUAUGCUGAAGUAACUUACAACAAAAAGGGACCAAGUUCACCGAUGAAUCCUUUGUUCUCUGGUAAACCUGGCAAAGGAAGUUUGUAUGGAGCGACUGCAGCGGCUACGAAUCCAACAUUCGAAUUGGAUAUGUACUCGUCACAGAAAGAUCUAAUUCCAACCAAAACCAACAUCGCUGAUGUAAUUCAUCAUCUAAAACCUGAAGAUGAAGUCAAGCCACAAAAACACGCCCAUUUUGCAGCGUCUUCGGAUGACGACGAAGGAAAUACUUCGUUUUAAUUCUUCUACGCCAAUUGAAAUUCGAAUAAAAUGACAAAUUAUAGCCAAAAGUUCAAGGCCGACAACUUUUAUACUUCUUAAAGCCUUAACUUUAAAUUCAUGAGUAAAUCUUACGCGUUUUCAACCAGUGUUAAAUAAUUUUGUCGGCUUUGAAUUUGCAGGACAUUGUUUUGCAUAUUUACGCGUGAUAUACUUUGCUUACCACUCGCACUUUACACUAUAUAUCGGUAUAUUUAACCUUUAAUAUGAUUUUUGCAUAUAUUGUAAUUUUUAGUUGCGCAAAACGCCCAUACAUCAAUGUAGGUAGGUGUCAUUUAUGCGUGUAUAUAAGAAUAUGCUUUAUACUUUCGCCAGUUAACGUUACUUUUGAACUUGUUACUGGUUUAAUUCAUUUCAAUGUCUCGUUGUGGUCGAUAAGACGAUGUAGUAUUAUGAAGACUUGUACAUAAAAAACCCAGAUGUGUAAA